UCAAAACACGUAAAACGUUUUUGGGUUCAGUUCCCCUUUUGGCCACUUGGCGGCGGCGGUGUGUUUUAUUUUUUCCGGCGCCGCAGCAACGAAGAAGAGCAACUGAGUCUCUUGUGCUUGUCUGAAGAAGACGAAGAAGAAGUGUGUCAACGUGAGGUCUGCUGUGGCCGUCCUCUCGCUCCUGGGUUACUGAUGCUGUCCCGUGUUCGCCGCUUCAUCCAUUCCUCCUCCGUCGCUCUCUCCUCAUCCAGAGGUUCAUCGCGUCUCAUGGAAGCUGCUUCCAGUCGGCCAGUCGAGGCUUCCAUUCGCACCAAACUGACUCAGGGUCUCGAACCGGAGCACCUGGAGGUGCUGAAUGAGAGCCACAUGCAUGCCGUGCCUCCGGGCUCUGAGUCGCACUUCAGGGUGCUGGUGGUGAGCUCUCGCUUCGAGGGCUUGUCGCUGCUGCAGCGUCACCGCCUGGUCAACGAGACCCUGAGCCACGAGCUGAGCACCAGCGUUCACGCUCUCGCCAUCCAGGCCAAGACGCCCGAGCAGUGGAGCAGCAACCCGAGCGUGGCCAAGAGCCCGCCCUGCCUUGGAGGAUCCAAACACGACAGCACGGUGGCGGAGAAGCUCAAGUCGGGACUUGACUGAUCUGAUCCUGACCCUGAGAACUUUCCUUCCAGAAAACACUUGAUAGAAAUGUUUAAAUUUACUGCAAUUUAUUUAAUAAUAAGAUUUGGAGAGCGGCAGGUAGCAGUUCAGUAGUGAUUGAGCGCUGUGUGAUUUGUUUCCGCGUGUGUUGUCUAUGUUUUGUUGGACUUUGAACACGUCACACUGAAUAAAAGUGUAAAUGUGUACAAUUAUUCUGAUUUCCCUUGUCCUUCUGAUUGUCUUUAAAAAUGUAGCAGAUGAUUAAAACGUUGGAAAUCCAUGAACAAAAACGUUUACAAUGAUUCUUUUUGUGAAAAUUCAUAAAAUAUUGAAAAAUAUUUGUAGUGGAACAAUUAUGCAUUCAUCUGUUGUCCUGUGAAGACAUGUCUAUGUUGUUAUGAAUGACCUCAAAAUAAAAUGAACAAAAUGAACAAAA